UGGUGUCAGCCUUCCGCGCUUUUACCCUGAGGGCUGAUGGGGAUUGCCGUUGCUCCAACUGCUUUGACUUAGAACUCUUUUAGGGACUGGGGUCCGUAUUCCGGCGUCCUGGUCCGGGAGAAGGCUACUGGUCCAGACUCCUGGAUCUGAGAGACGGGGAGGUGGGAUGCCGGGACUCCUGGGUCUGAGUGAGGAGUUGGGGACAUGGUACUCCGGAAGGAAGAAACUGGAGGACCAUGGCAGCCGUCGGCUUUGAAGAGUUCUCAGCCCCGCCAGGCUCCGAGUUGGCGCUGCCUCCGCUGUUCGGUGGUCACAUCCUGGAGAGCGAGCUUGAGACAGAAGUGGAGUUUGUGUCCGGGGGUCUGGGUGGCUCGGGGCUCCGGGAGCGAGAUGAAGAGGAAGAGGCAGCCCGGGGCCGGCGGCGGCGCCAGCGGGAACUAAAUCGCAGGAAGUACCAGGCGCUAGGUCGGCGCUGCCGGGAGAUCGAGCAGGUCAAUGAGCGGGUCCUGAACAGGCUCCACCAGGUACAGAGGAUAACCCGGAGACUCCAACAGGAGCGGAGGUUCCUGAUGAGAGUGCUGGACUCCUACGGGGAUGACUACCGCGCCAGCCAGUUCACCAUUGUGCUGGAGGACGAGGGCAGCCAGGGCACAGAUGCCCCCACCCCAGGCAAUGCCGAGAACGAGCCUCCAGAGAAAGAGGGGCUGUCCCCACCUAGAAGGACGCCUGCACCCCCGGAACCCAGCAGCCCGGCCCCCGGCGAGGGACCCAGCGGGCGGAAGAGGCGGCGAGCGCCCCGGGAUGGACGCAGAGUGGGAGCUGCGCUGACCCCAGAACUGGCCCCAGUGCAGAUUAAGGUGGAAGAAGACUUUGGCUUCGAAGCAGAUGAGGCCCUAGACUCCAGUUGGGUUUCUCGGGGGCCAGACAAACUGCUGCCCUACCCCACCCUGGCCAGCCCCCCCUUUGACUGACCCUCCCCCCAAUAAACUGACCCCCGCAUCCGCCUUG